CGGCCAGCUGAGCGGGCCGGGACAGGCCGGGGGCCCCCGCGAGCAUGGAGCAGGCCAGUCGGGUCCAGCGCCGGCUGUCCCGAGUCGGGGAGAGUCUCUACGUGGUGCUGGGGCUGCAGAAAGGUGCUGCACCUGAGGAUGUCAAGAAAGCCUACAGGAAGCUAGCUCUGAAGUUCCACCCGGACAAAAACCCCGAGGACCCAGGAGCAGCGGAGAGGUUCAAGGAGAUCAACGCAGCCCACGCGACGCUGAGCGACCCUGAGCGCCGCCGCCUGUACGACGAGUAUGGAUCUCUGGGGCUCUACGUGGCGGAGCACUUCGGCGAGGACAGUGUCAAGUACUACUUCCUCAUGUCCAAGUGGUGGUUCAAGGCCCUAACUAUUGUGGGCGCCCUUCUCACCUGCUGCUGCUGCUGCUGUUGCUGCUGCUUCUGUUGCGGGCGGUGCCGGCCACCGGAUGAUGACGAGCCCUACAAACACGUGGACCCCGAGGACCUAGAAGCACAGAUCCGGGCUGAGGACGGAGGUGCUGACCCCAUGAGAGUGCAGCCUGCCGCCCAGCCUGCCCUGCACAUCACAGAUGAGACUCAACAGCCCCGGCCCUGACCGGAGCGAGGACCCUGAUCUCUGACCCCCCUGAGUGGUUCCCGUCUCCCCCCGCCUCAGGGCCCCGGCUUCUGUGGAGGACGGAUCCCGGCUCUGGAGCUGUCACACCAGCUGACUCUCCCCUACAGCCCACGGCACGGGCACUGGACACCUGCGCCUCGCCGGGCCCUUCUCCUCCCCGUGCCUAUGCCCCGCUCCGUUCCACUGUGACUCAUCUCUCAGGAAAAGCAGGCGUCGGGGGGAGAGGGGAGAGAGCUCCUCGUUGCCCUGCCUCUCUGGGACAGCUAGAUACCAGCACCAGGCGACAUGCACCAGCAAUGGCACCUUUCCCCGCUCCCAGGAUAUUCCUUCCUGUGACCCCAAACUCUAAGGUUCCCAUUCUGCGGGCAGGGGUGUUCACCGGCGGUUGGGGUGGGGGAAGAAAGGGUGUUUCUCGCAAAGCUUCCCCCCGCCGUGCCCCCCGUGCCAAAGUGUUCCUCCCUCCCUUCCCCUCUGCCCUGCCCUGACCACUUCGUCCCCCCGGCCCCUCCCUUAGGAUCUACUCUGGCCUCCUCAAGGAGGACGAGAAAGAAGGAGGGAAAGCAGAGACCUGGAACAGGAAUGAUAAUAAAGGAGCUUUUGUACAGUC